AUGAGUCUCAAAAGUGUUAUCUUACCCCUGCAAGACCCAAAAUCACAAUGGGACAUCGAAAUAGAAGACAGCAUCGUCGUGUCCAUGAAACCAUCCAGCAAUCUCUCACCAAACCCCGGUCUUUUACUCCCCUCCCUCUGCCACCCGCACAUCCAUCUCGACAAGCCAUACCUCCUAAACUGCAACAACUCUUGCUCUAAGAACUACCCGGAUUAUUCGGACCUUCUUCCCAAAUCGGGAAGCUUUGACGAAGCCCUGUCCAACACGGCCGAAGCAAAGAAACGUUACACUGCAGACGACUUGUACCUGCGAGGGUCUCAGCUCCUCGCUACGAGCUACGCACAAGGUGUCACAUGCGUCAGAGGUUUUGUCGAAAUUGACCAUGUCACACAAUUAGAACCUCUGAAAACGGCUAUUCAGCUCAAGAGGGAGUUUAAAGGCUUUCUCGAGUUGCAGAUUUGUGCUUUCGCCCAGGAUCCAAUCUUCUCUACCGAGCAUGGCGAUGAGAAUCGAGCUAUCCUUACAAAUGCACUCGAAGAAUUCGGGGAAUAUAUCGAUGUUCUUGGAACAACACCAUACGUGGAGGACGACUUCGACUGGUCCAAAAUGAAUGUGGAAUGGGCUAUUUUGAUGGCACAGAGGUGCAACCUAAGCCUCGACUUCCAUACAGAAUUCAAUCUGGACAGAGGCGAUAUUAUGGAACUCUUUGACUAUACCGUCGAUCAACUUGUUGACAAGGGCUGGCCCACUCACUCUGGCGCGCAUACCGUCGUUCUCGGACAUGCCACAAGAAUAACACAGGCAUCCCACGAACAGCUCCGUGGGUUUUCCGAUAGACUUCGGGAUACAAGACUGCCCGUUCAUUUUGUCGGAUUGCCUACCAGUGAUCUCUUCAUGAUGAGCCGGCCAGUUACUGAUGAUGUAUCCGAACAAAACAAACCACUCAGACGUCAAUGCGGCACUCUAAAUGUACCAAAGAUGAUCCAAGAGUACGGAUUCAAGGCUUGUUUAUCCGUGAACAAUGUGGGCAAUUCUUUCACUCCAUUUGGAACAGGAGACCCUCUUGGGAUAGCGAGUUGGGGCGUUGGACUCUUUCACGCGGGCAAAUUCGAUGAUGCGAAGCUUCUUUAUGAAGCUGUCAGUACCCGUGCGAUGGAUGCGAUUAAGCCCGCUGUGGUUACUCACGAGUCAAAGAACCACAUGGACGAGGAGAAGCGUAUGAUGCCAAUGCUUCUGUUCAAAAAUAGAGAGAGCAUGGAGAUCCAAUCACCGCAAGGGAGGGUAAUACAAUUGCCUGCUCGACACAGACUUUCUAUCAAAGAUAUUGUUUGGGAUCCACCAGAGAUAAGACUUAGAAGAGUAAUUAGAUAG